AUGGAAGAAAUUCGAGAUUAUCUAGCUCGUAUCGAACCCAAAAUCCACCACAUUUAUGAGAACAGCGGAGACAUUUCUAGACUUUACCAGAUUUUCGACCCUUUCGGCUACCAGUCACAAACCGCGACGGCGAGUUUGCAGAUGCCCGUGCCCCUACAGACGCAGCUGCAGUACGUGUCCGCCGUUCAUCAAAUGAUGCGGUGGGGUGCAGUAUGGGAGAUGCUUCGAGCUGCUGAGCCCAAGAUAGAGGGACUUGAGACCCUCCUGGAGCCAAACUUUACGUCGAUCCUAAUGGAAAGCCAAGGACGCGAUGGGAAACUUUCGCAUGAUGUUCUCAGACCGAAUAUUGCGGGCGGUGCGACCCUGAGUUAUGCCGACAAAGAAUGGCUGGAGCAAGGAUCGACGAUAUACUUCAGUACUUUCCACCUGAUGCACCCUGUUUUAGACCAGGAGUACUUCAUGAAGAGAACACUGUCAUCUGCAGUCAGCGGUAAAGUUCCGCAAGAAAGCGCAGAAUGCGCUCUGGUGUUUCUGACGAUUGCUCUGGCUCACAUGGCUUCAACUGGGGGUGCCAGUAUGGAAAUGGACAACCAACCGCCGGGCCUGCACUAUUUCAACGAGGCGAGACGCCGCAUGGGAUUCUUCAUGGAAGAUUCCACCAUCGAAGCCGUACAGGUCUUCGUGUUAGCAGGGUGA